AUGGAGAUCCUUCAAGCCAAGUAUCUUUUCGCUCUGACCAAGAGUCAGAGGGAAGCGAGGAGGAGGAAGGCGGUGGUGUGUAAGUUGGUCGAUCGGCUGGGGCCUAGGGUUGGGAGGGGGGAGAAGAAGGUCGUUGUUAGGGCUGGGACGGGGUGGAUGGAUUUGGAUGCGUAUGCGAUGGGGGUCUUGGCGCAGGCAGUGUAG